AUGGAGGAGCGACUCACCAAAGCACGCUGCCAGCUCACACUAUCGCUCGACUCAACAGUGGACAUCCUCGCCCGUUCUCCAUUGGGGACUCAGAUCCCCGGUCAUUGGUACGAACUCCUACCCUCGUUACCUCCUCCCGGCAUUCGCUCUGCGGCCCCUGUCCCCAUCCCUAGCUCCAAACAAGAUCACAGUAGCGAUGGUGAUGACGACACCGACGAUGACACUCCCCCUGCCUUGCACCCCCUCUCACCUCCAUCCUACCACCGCGGACUUCUUUCCCAGUCCUCUAGUCAAUCCUCCGUCCCUCCCAGGCCCAGAAACCAUGAGCGUUCUGCCUCACCCCCUCCUCGCCGUCCGUCUUCAGCACGUUCCCUCGAAGACCGCCUCACGUCCCCCUUGCCCUCGGCCUUAGGGCACCCCCUCUCCCUUGCCCCGGACGACGACAUCUUCGAGAAGGGGUUCUGA